AUGACUCCAAUAACUGAUGAUAAAAACCAUCCCACUGACGUUCCUCCAGAAAAUUGUGAGUUGGUCACCUUGAAUCUUAAUAUAAAAGAAACCACAGACAAGCUUGAAUAUUUUAGUAGGAACAGCUGCAGGGAGUAUAGUUCAUAUCCAGGAUACAUAUUUAACAAGGUGUUAGAAGAUGACACACCAAUUUGGGAAGCCAAUAAUAUUAAUGAAUUUUCCAAAAACUUAUUGGUUUAUGAAGACUCUUGUGAUAAAUAUAUCUUGAUUAUACCACAUGAUUCCAAUUUAGUACUUCUACAUCAACUAAAAAACAACACAUGGGAGUCUGUAAAUACUUCAAUAAAUUUGAAUAAGAUGAAGAUGAUUGAAAGAACAGGCCACGAGUUUGUAUUGGAAUAUUAUAUCACAGAAGAUUGUCAAGGUCAUAAAGGACAUAAAUUGGUCAGAUUUGAUCACCAUUAUUAUGAUCUUAAUAACCAUAAUUUUAAAAUUAUUUUCAAUAAUCUCUGUGACCGUGUAUUUUAUGACAACAAAGUGGUUUGGAACUACAGGGAUGAUCCGUUUCGACCAUAUCCAGAAUAUUUAAACUUUAAUCUAGUUGAUAAAACUGUAACUGCACUGUUAAGGGACGGUUCUUCUAUACCACUUUACCUGAAUGAUACAGUCCUAAAACGUCCUAGAGAUGAUAGUGAAUUAGAAAACUCACAAAAACGCAUGAAGAUUGAUAAUUCUGAACAGUUAAAUGUUUGUGUUUAUGAUUAUGAAAAGAUUAAUUCAGGCUAUAAAAUGCCUCUUAAACUAAUUCCACUGGACACCGAUUUUAUCAUGUCCACCAAUGAGUUUAUAACUAUUUGUAACAGAACUGGACGAUUCUAUGGUUCAAGGAAGGGCUUUGUGUUCAACAAACUGAUUGAAAACGGUAAAGUAUUUUUUGAAACAGAUGAUCCUGAGGCGUGCACUCCCUGUUUCUCGGCAGAAUAUGUGAAAAAGUCUAAUAAAUAUGAAUCUGGAGAUAAAACAAGCAAAAAAAGACGUUUAGAAUUUUUUAAAUAUACUCGACCAAAUGUCGACAUGUUAAAAUUUUAUACCAAAAAUGAUAGCGAACUCAGCCCUGACGACUAUACUGUGGAAUACACCAGUUUCAUGUAUAAGGUUACCUUUCUCAAGGACUUAUACAAAAUAAUACACGAUGGAAAGGUGUACUGGAGCUACGACAACGAUAAGUCUUAUGGUUUCCCUACUAGUGUUUAUUUUACAGAUGUUGACACAGAUAUGAAACUUACAUUUUCCAAUGGUGUUGAAGAGGUAGUGGACUUUACCUUGGAAUUAUUGAAAAUGUAUAAAAAUGAUGAAUUUGGUAAUAAAGUAGAAAUGGAUAGUGGAGAUUACAAAGUCACAAAACCAGAACGAGAUCAAAGACUAUUCACACUAAAACAAGGGGUAAGGUGUAUCGACGUUUCUUAUGACCGCGAAACCAUCUGGAGAUAUAACCCCAACAAAGGUUAUCCAAAAUCAAUAUUUUGUGAUUACUCUGACUGUGAAAUAAUCCUAAGAUUUGACAAGUUUUUUAUUUUGUUUGAACAAAACGAAAAUUCUGAAUGGGAACUUAGUUUAUGUUCAAUUCCGAGGCAUUUGAAGUUAUAUACAAAAGACAAAAACUCUAAUUAUGUUCUUAUGAAUGAGGAUCACUAUAAACUGGAAACCAACCUUGCCAGAACCACUUUAUAUAAGCUGAAAAGGGGGAUCAUGUGUAGUCUUGUAAAGUACGGAGACCAAGUCGUUUGGGAACACAAGGAGUACGAACCGUAUCCCGAGAAAGUUUCCUGCGUUCUAGGUUUAAAUAGCAUUAGAAUCUGUUCAGGAGAUAAAUAUAUUGCUUUCGAAUCAAAAAGAGGCUUAUGGUCUGUCAAACACUAUAUGUUCAGAUUAAAUAAAAAAUAA